UCCCCCACAGCCACACAGUUUAAUGAAUCAAAGUCUCUUCUUCAUAGAAGCUGAUUUCUAAGGUCACUUUUCUUUACAGCUCAACGUAAUCAAAACGUACGUGAGGCUCAAACAAACUAAAAAUGGGCGGCAACGUUGUGUUCUUGAUCAGUAGUAUGCUUCUACUACUUCCCAUUACUUUUGCUAGCGAUAUGGAACGAGCCAUCAUGGUUAUUGACGGUGCACGUCGAAUCGCUGAGACCGAUGAGAACUUUGUCUGCGCAACGCUUGAUUGGUGGCCACCUGAAAAAUGCAACUAUGAUCAGUGUCCUUGGGGUUACGCCUCUCUCAUCAACUUGAACUUAUCUUCUCCUCUUCUUGCAAAAGCUAUUCAAGCUUUUAGGACGUUGAGGAUUAGAAUAGGUGGUUCCUUGCAAGAUCAAGUGAUUUACGACGUUGGAGACUUGAAGACCCCUUGCACUCAGUUCAAGAAGACUGACGACGGAUUGUUCGGAUUCUCUAAAGGAUGUUUGUAUAUGAAACGAUGGGACGAACUUAACCAUUUCUUCAACGCAACCGGAGCUAUUGUGACUUUCGGUUUAAACGCUCUGUAUGGGAGAGAUAAAAGCACCGGAAACGCUUGGGGAGGGGAUUGGGAUCAUAGUAACACUCAGGAUUUCAUGAACUACACAGUCUCAAAGGGUUAUGCUAUAGACUCGUGGGAGUUUGGUAAUGAGCUUAGUGGAACCGGGAUUGGUGCUAGCGUGAGUGUAGAGCUUUACGGGAAAGACUUGAUUGUACUGAAAGAUGUUAUCAAGAAAGUUUACAAGGAUUCUCGGACCAAACCUUUGGUUGUAGCUCCAGGUGGAUUUUAUGAAGAAAAAUGGUACUCAGAGCUUCUUCGCAUCUCUGGACCGGGUGUUCUUGAUGUCAUGACUCAUCAUAUAUACAAUCUUGGUCCAGGGAAUGAUCCUAAGCUAGUGAAUAGGAUACUAGAUCCAAAUUACUUGAGCGGGAUUUCGGGCACAUUCGCAAAUGUAAACCGAACAAUUCAAGAAAAUGGACCUUGGGCUGCUGCUUGGGUUGGAGAAGCCGGAGGAGCGUUUAACAGUGGUGGCCGUCAGGUUUCUGAGACAUUCAUUAACAGCUUCUGGUACUUAGACCAGCUCGGUAUGUCCUCAAAGCAUAACACCAAAGUAUACUGCAGACAAGCUUUGGUCGGAGGUUUUUACGGUCUGCUUGAAAAGGAAACGUUUGUUCCCAAUCCAGACUACUACAGCGCGCUUCUUUGGCACCGUUUGAUGGGUAAAGGCGUUCUUGAGGUUCAGACAAAUGCCUCGGAGUAUCUACGAGCCUACGUUCAUUGCUCCAAAGGAAGAGCGGGAAUAACGCUGCUUCUGAUUAAUCUGAGUAAGCAAACAACGUUUACAGUGGGAGUCAGCAAUGGCGUGAAGGUUGUUGUGCAAGCAGAAUCGAUGAAGAGGAAAUCCUUCUUGGAAACAAUCAAGAGCAAGGUUUCUUGGGUCGGAAACAAGGCUUCCGAUGGUUUUUUGAACAGAGAAGAGUAUCACUUGAGUCCACAAGAUGGUGUCUUGCGUAGCAAGAUAAUGCUCUUGAACGGUAAACCUUUAGUACCAACAGCCACGGGAGAUAUCCCAGACCUUAAGCCAGUCAGGCAGGACGUGAAAUCUCCAGUUUAUGUCAAUCCGUUGUCGAUCUCAUUCAUCCUGUUGCCGACCUUUGAUGCUCCUGCCUGUUCUUGAAGAGGAUUGUUAUUUGUAAAAUUCAAACAUUGAAGAUACUAUAAAUUUCUUGGCAAUUGUAUGUAUUAUCUAAUGUAACACUGGCAAGCGUUCAUUCCAAUCUAAAUAUUUCUCUUA